UUCAAACGAAGAGGUUGUGUGUCGCGGCGCGUUGUCUCGAUUUUCCCCUUAAUCGACGCGCAACAGGUGUUUAAUUACAAAGAACACGCUCAAUUUGAAUUGAAAUAAACGCCGCGUUCAAAGUGCUGUUACAAGCCAAAGAAAACUAAGCAGAAGAGUAUAAAUAAAGCAGCGAAUGCAAACGCCACAAAAAGGCAGGCGCAUCCGAAAAGCCAACACCUGUUUGCCUGCAUUCCUGUGUGCCUGUGCGAGUCUCCGCUACUGCGCUUGCGUGUGGUGUGUGUUUUGUUCGGGAAUGGUUUUUGUUUUGUUAAAUUGUGCGCUCAAUAAUUUCGUUUCAACUAAAACCUUUAACAAUUUUGCUGGAUUUGAUGCAACAUUGCAACAUUUUCAAAGUUUCCCCUAAAAACUCAACGCGACUCGACUCGCCUCGCGUCUGCGUAGAAGAAACAACAAAAGCGAUGGCAACAGCAGCAGCAUAAACAUAAGCCCCCGAAAACCGGUUAAUACGAAUACAGCCAUCAAGAAGCAGUCCAAGAAAACGUCGCCCCCUUAAAAGAGCAAGGCGGCAGUACGAUAACAAUAAAACCAGAAGAAAGAGGAAAUCCAUCGAUUUUGGCCCCCCCAAGGAAUUCCAAAUGGUAUUGUGUUAUUCUUUGUUUCGCGUGUGACACAUUGGAUACAGCAAGCAGCCCUAUCGCCACGAUCGAAUCGAAAGUGACCGGAGGAAUAACCGUCGAAACUCUUUCGCGUGGCCCUUUCUUAUCAGGCUGCACACAGCACACACUAUCAAGAAUUUCUUUGAGAUUUCUGAAACUCUUCCGAUCUUUCCAACAUUAACAUGGUUAUGGCAUCCGGAUAUUGAUCGCAAAAAUAUAUCAAAAAUCAUCAUUAUGGAAAGCAGCAGCAGAAACUUAACAAUGGAGCCACCUACAAUGGAGGACGUCGGCGGCUCGGAUGAGGUGGACUUUAUUGUGGCAUCGCACAAUAAUAACAAUGAGUAUGAGGAUCUGAGGAGCGUCAGUCAAGCGGUGAUUAACACCAAAGCAACACCAACAAUAGCAACAGCAGCUACACCAACAACAAUUACACCAAACAACGAACCAAAAGUUGCCAACAGCAACACCAACAACAACACAAACAACAACACAAACAACAACACACUGAAGAAACCCAAGGAACGGCGCACACUCUUCCACUUUGGAAGCAGCAGCAGCAACAAAAAAUCAAAGGAGGAGAGCAAGGCCAAGGCCAAGGAGUGUAAGGCUACUCUACCACCCACACCCACACCGAUGCCACUGGUUCCCAUUGGAACACCGCCGCGACAGCACAAGUUCGUGAAGAGCAACAGCCUGGCCCGACUGCUGGGCAACACCUACAAUGCCAAGAAGUUCGAGAAGCAGGAGCAAAAGCGCCUCGAGGGGUGCAAAUUCAACACGUACAGUGGCCGACGUGGCCGGGCAGGACCCUAUCUGGAGCGCUUCAAGCGCGUGUCCAAGGAAGAUGGCGACAUAGCCGGCUCCGGCGACAGUGACACAGUGAGGGUCACAAAUGUCGUAACCCUCACCACGGACUCGCGGGAUCUGCAGUAUGGCAGCAGGCAGGAGCACGUGGGUCGCCAGAGCAGUAGCCAGGAGCAGCAGGAUCAGAUCAGCAGCUCGAAGGCCAUGCGAACGCUGACUCGCAGUCUGGGCAAGCUGUGGAAGCGCACCCACAGCGUGGACAUCAGCACACCCGAUCCGGAGUUCAAAGUCUCCUACCUGGGCAACGUGCUAACUGGUUGGGCCAAAGCAGGUGAGGGUUGUGUGGAGAAGCAGCUAAAUACGCUGUGGCGCAACUACACCCAGCACACGAAGCCAGAUGUGAUCAUGCGACUGAAGGUGUGUGCCUCCGGGCUGAAGGCCACCACACGGCAGCACGGACUCACGGAGUACUGGGCCCACAGGAUAACUUAUUGCUGUGCCCCGAAGAACUAUCCGCGCGUCUUCUGCUGGAUCUACCGGCAUGAGGGCAGGAAGCUGAAGCACGAGCUGCGCUGCCAUGCGGUGCUCUGCAGCAAGGAGAAGAUUGCCCAGGAUAUAUGCGACACCUUGAGAGAUAAUCUGGACAGCGCUUUGCGUGAAUUUAAGCGAGAGAAAAUUCUUAAGCAAAACGCUCGCCUCAGCCUGGCCAAUGCUGUCUACGACAAUCCGAGCCUGCCGCGCCGCAAGAUCAUGCUGAGCGUGGGUGGCAACAACUAUCGACCGCCCCUGGAGCGCUCCAAGUCGGCGCCCAAGCUGAUGGCCAUCGAGGAGGCCAUCGGCGAGGAGGAGGGCGACGAGAUCGAGGACACCAAUGAGCCGGAGAUGCGGGCGUGCUGUCAACGCGAUUCCUUGUACCCAGCCAUGACUUUGGGACGCCGUCGCUGUCGUCGCGGCCACUCGAUACGACGAACUGGAAAGAUCCAAGUGCCGUGCUGCUCCCAUCAGCUGGAAUCGCUGGAGUCGCCCAAGGAGGAGGCCAUUUGUCCAGUGGCCAGCAACGAUGGCUCCGACUCGGAUGACUUUGAGAAGCUGCUGAAGUUCGACACGACAUUGAGCAACGAGCUGUUGCCGUACUUUGACAUGCAGCUCCACAAGACCAGCAGCCAGAGCAUGGUCAGCCUCAGCGAGCUGAAGGUCGAAGAGGAGGAGGAUGGAGAGCCGCUCAGUCUGCUGCCCACCAUCAACAGCGAUCCCAGCGCCGAUCCCCAGGCCGACUACGAUGCGGAAGAGCACGAUGUGCCCGCCAUGCGGCGCAGCGGCGUCUGCAGCGACGGCGAAGAGGACUUUCUGGACGAUGCGGAUGAUCAUUACUUCCGGCAUGCCGCCAUGCUGACAAUGCUGCACCGCAGCUCCAUGCGCAAGCUCAGGCCCAGCGAUCAGGCCAGCCUUCAGUACCGCCAUCAGACGCAGUCCUCCAUCUCCUCCAAUGCGUCCAGCUCGACGACGGCCAGCACUUCGGCGGCUGCCUGUUCGGGCUCUGGUACCCAGCAGGGCCUCGCCGGUCCAGACAGCGAUGAGGGCUCAAUAUCCAGCGGCUGCGAGACGGCCAGCACAGUCACAAACGCCAAUCACGAGGAGUACAUCAAGAGACAGGGACCGGGACAGGAGUUGGAGCAGGCGCAGGUGCUAGAGCAAAUGAUGAUCUACCAAAGACUGGAGCAGCAGCUGCGCAACAACAGCGAUGCCACCAACUACAGCAGCUCCAGCAGCAUCACGCUGAAGCGUAGCGACGACUCCACAAGCGAUGACCUGGAUAUGGCCGACAAGCCGGCCUGCAGGAAUAACCAGAACAAGCCCGACGAUGGCUCUGAUAGCGACGAGAGCGGCUAUGUGGAGUUCCAGGAGAAGGAGCGCAUUGUCCAGGCCAACAGUGAGCCACCACACAUGGCCAUGUCGUUGGUGAAGGUCCCCGUCAAGCCGCAGAUACCACCAAAGCCGGCUCCACGACGUUCGCUCAGUCUGAACGCGAAGGCAGCAACAGCUGCGGCAGGAGCAGGCGGCAAGGCUUCGGGCACGGCCGUGUGAGGCGUAGUCCCCGCCACAGGGGAAGAGGGAGAGAGACAAUGCUUUAACACAAAGGAAACCCGUUUACAAAUUGUUAUUUCUGCGCACCAACCCGUCAGCAAACCAUAGCAAAUACAAAAAAAAGUGCGAGAAAUUUAAUUCCUAGUUGUAGUCUAUUAUCCAUUAUCAGUUAGCGAGUAGCAGAUAAGACAUUUGUUGUUGGUUCAUCGUCCGAGGAGGAUCUAACGAUAUUACUUUAUCCUUCCCCAAUUCACAUCCCUCAUCGAAAUUAAUGAAUUUAUAUUGUAAAUAUUACUAGAAGCCAUAGGCACCAUACAUCUAUGUAUAUCACACGAUUGGAUUGUAAUUGAUUGACCAAUAUAAAUUAUUAUCUGAAAA